CAACUCUAGGCACGGAAACAGUGUUUUUAACAUCGUCGCUGGCGAGCAUGUCAACAAAUUUUGAAUCGACGAAUUCAGACUAUGCAAAUCCUGUCAACCCAUCUUCCCCACAGGCCAUGUCAACAAAUUUUGUAUCGACGAAUUCAGACUUUACAGACUCUUUCACGCCAUCGUUAACACAAGAACAUUCUGUUGUAUGGUCUAGAUCCAGUACUAUUUCCGUUUCAUCGUCGUUAUCAAGUUCAAGUGAUACUACUGUCUAUAGCUUUACUGAAUAUACUACCUUAAAUGCACCAUUGGAUAAUGAGAACAGAACAGUGGCAAAUGAAACAUCAAUCAAUAGUUUAGUUUAUAGUGUCCUCUUCUCACUAGUUCCAGCCUUAGCAGCACUGGUCGUUCUAAUAAUAAUCGCAGUUCUAAUAACUGUAAGAAAAAGACGAAGAAGAAGGAAAGCUCAUUCAGAAGGAAAUGAACAUCAUUUCGAGCUCGGCGCCCGACAGCCGAUUAUUGAAAAUGAAAAGAGGACAUACGAGAACCAAAGGGACUAUUUGAAGACCCUAAAUAGAGGCAUUCCUGAUUGCCAAAUUUAUGAUAAGGCAAAUGAUUUUGAUGUACGAAGUAAAGAGCCUACACGUUUCGAAGCGGAAUAUGAUUAUGCUAUGGCAACAACGUCAUUUUUGAAACCAGACCAACAAAAUCCAUCCAGCAAUAGUGCAUUAAAAAUCACUAUGGCAAAACGUGCAAAAAUGCUACGAACAUCAUUACAUUUUCUUCAAGGCCAGUUCUCCAAGCAGAAGUCUGAAAAAGAAAAUGUAGCAUAUUGUGACACCGCAAUAGUUCACACCAAAUUCUUGUAUGACACACCACAACAAUCUAUAAAGCAUGUCAACAAACCUUAAUACAUCGUAUACAGUCUCAGGAAUUACCAAAGCAUGCGUGAAUCAUCGAAAGCAAUAUUAUUUUGAAUCAGGAGCUCGAA